AUGUUUAAAUCAUCAAUAACGAGGAUAUGUAGACCUCCUCAAUCUAACAAUAUACUUAAUACAUUAAUACGAUAUCAAUCAACUAAUACCACUUCUACAACACCAACAACAUCUACAAUAAAACCAACAAAUUUCAAUACUACUACUACUACAACAACCACCACCAAUAAUAAUCCAAUAUCUCAAAAUAUAACAGAUUCAAUAUCAACAUUAAAAUUAUCAUCAAAUGGUUCAAGAGAUUUGUAUGCAAUUUUUAGAUUAUAUAAUAUGCCAUAUUUAGUUACAAAAGGUGAUAAAAUUUAUUUACCAUUUAAAUUAAAAAAUGUUAAAAUUGGUGAUAAUUUAAAAUUAAAUGAUGUUAUAACUUUAGGUUCAACAAAUUAUACUUAUAAUAAUGAUAAGGGAAUUGAUUCAUCAAUUUAUAAUUUACAAGCUAAUGUUAUUGAAAUUACAAGAGAACCAUUAUAUCAUGUUAUUAGAAAAAAACAAAGAUGUAGAAGAACUAAAACUUUUAAUGUUGAACCUUUUCAAACUGUUUUAAUGAUUAAUGAAUUAAAAUUAAAUUGA